AUGCACAACCAAAAGGAUAUGCUGCCAAUCGUCUUCUUUUGCAUAAUAUCAAUAAUACUCAAAAUCUGCAACUGUUACUGCAACAACGAUGAAAAUGUUACCGGUGGUGCCUUCACUGGUGGUAUCUAUAUGGAUUCGUAUGUCAUAAGGGCACACUCUGGUACCGGGCCGAAAAUGUGUAUUAGGGAUUGUUUAUUACAAUCAGAUUGCAAUGCCGUAAAUUUCAAAAAAGCCGACUGGACGUGUGAAUUGUUAUCCAUUUCAGGAGGGGAUCAGUCGACGGUACAAGCAGGUUUUUAUUAUUCAUCGAUUACAAAAUGGACUAUGAAACCUAAUCAAUGCUGGCCGAAUCCAUGUUCUAAUAGAGAGGAAUGUGUUAUUGCCAAAUAUGGUUAUCAUGUCUGUAUCCCUGUAGAUGACCGAUGUCAACCUCAUCCAUGUUUAUAUGGCGGUACUUGUCGUAAUGCUGUCGGUGAUGGAUUCCGAUGUAUAUGUCCUAGCGGAUACUCUGGGGAUUAUUGUGAAGUUACACCCUGCACCAGUGCGCCAUGUUUCAACGAUGCUACAUGUGUACUAGCUGGAUCUUCGUACACGUGCACCUGUCAUUCGGGAUACUAUGGUCUGAGAUGUGGUGGGACACCUUGUACAUCUGUGCCGUGUUUAAACGGUGGUACUUGUACAAUAGACGGAGCAACAUAUAAUUGUACGUGUCCUGCAGGAAUUAAUGGAACUAAUUGUGAAGUUACACCAUGCACUUCUCAGCCAUGUUUAUACAGUGGAACCUGCAAUAUUGAUGGUUAUGGAUAUAAUUGUGGAUGCCAUAAUGGAUUUUCAGGAUCGGUUUGUGAAGUGACACCAUGUGACGUAAAUCCAUGUACACAUAACGGUACAUGUUCACUGUCUGGAGUCUCGUAUAUCUGUUCCUGUAUAGAUGGUUACUCUGGUAAACACUGUCAAGUGACUCCAUGUACCGGUCCUCCAUGCCUAAAUUCGGGAACUUGUACCAUUAAUGGAGCUGACUAUUUGUGUGCGUGCCCCUUUGGAAUAUCAGGAACAAAUUGUGAAGUUACUCCUUGUAGUGGCAGCCCUUGUUUACAUGGUGGUUCGUGCAAUAUAAACGGUGCUGCUUACACUUGCUCAUGCGCAGAUGGGUAUUCUGGCGCAAACUGUGAAGUAACGCCAUGCACUGUCAAUCCAUGUUUUAACAGUGGUGUUUGUUCAAUAUCCGGUUCAAGCUACCAAUGCUCAUGUGUGAAUGGUUAUUUGGGAGUGAACUGCGCAGAUCCCCCAUGCAGUAAUGAUCCAUGCUUAAAUGGUGGUAGUUGUUCUAUUACUGCAACUGGAUACAAAUGCGUAUGCUCAAACGGGUUUUCUGGAACAGAUUGUGAAGUUACACCAUGCAGUGGGGAUCCGUGUUUUAAUGCAGGAACAUGUACUAUAUCCGGUUCCAGCUAUCAAUGCACAUGUUCUAAUGGAUAUUCUGGAACCAAUUGCGAAGUAACACCUUGCAGUGUGGAUCCGUGUUCAAAUGGUGGUACAUGUAGUGUUUCCGGUUCAAAUUACCAAUGCACAUGCGCAAACGGGUUUUCUGGAACUAACUGUGAAGUUACACCUUGUACUGGUGAUCCAUGUGUGAAUGCAGGAACAUGUACUAUUUCCGGUUCCAGCUAUCAAUGCGCAUGCGUAAAUGGAUUUUCUGGGAUUAAUUGCGAAGUCACGCCUUGCAGUGGGGAUCCGUGUUUAAAUGAUGGAACAUGUUCUGUUUCCGGUUCCAGCUUUUAUUGUACAUGCAUAAAUGGAUUUUCUGGAGCUAACUGUGAAGUUACACCUUGCAGCGGAAAUCCGUGUAUGAAUAAUGGAACAUGUACAGUAACUGGUUCCGGUUCUACUUAUUAUUGUACGUGUGCAAAUGGUUUUUCUGGGACUAACUGCGAAGCUUAGUAAAGACUACAAUUGUGUUAUUCCAUAGAAGAAGACCAUCUAAGACGAUAAAUCAUUGUUGGCAGUAUGCGAUCAUGAAUGAGUAUGCCACGCAGUGCAUUCAGUGACAUUUUACAACUUGUGUGUAAACCUUCUGUUGGUUCAUGCGUGAAUAAAAGCACACAUUUCA